CUGGACCCUGAGGCCUCCCAAGCUCUGUGAUGAAUGGGACACUGGUCACUGAGUUCCUCAUCCUGGGAUUUUCAGAAAUGCCUCACCUGCGGGUGCCACUUCUCCUCAGCUUCCUCUGCCUCUACACAGCUGCAAUCUCAGGAAACCUGCUCAUUAUGGUGACAAUCAGUGCCAGCCCAGCCCUCCAUACCCCCAUGUACUUCUUCCUGGUCAAUUUAGCCAUGGUGGACAUCCUCUGCACCUCUACCAUCCUACCCAAGUUACUGGACAGCAUGGUGGCAGGGAGGGCCAUCUCUUAUGGGGGCUGCAUGGCUCAGCUCUUCUUCUUCACGUGGUCACUGGGGGCAGAACUUCUGCUCUUCUCAGCUAUGGCCUAUGACCGCUUUGUGGCCAUCUGCUGCCCCCUGCACUACAGUGCCUGGAUGGGCCCCAGGGUGUGCGCAUUCCUGGCUGGCCUUGUCUGGACCAUUAGCCUCACUAACACCAGUGUGCACACAGGCCUGAUGCUACGUCUACCAUUCUGCGGCUCCAAUGUGAUAGAGCAUUUCUUCUGUGAGAUCCCCCCGCUGUUGAAGCUCUCCUGUGCUCCAACGCAAUUGAACGAAGCCAUGGCCUUUGCGGCAGAUGUGUUUCUGGCUGUAGGGAACUUCUCUGUGACCAUCCUCUCUUAUGGCUUUAUUGUGGCCAGCAUCCUGAGGAUCCGCUCUGCUGAGGGCAAGCGCCGUGCCUUUUCCACCUGCUCUGCACACCUCAUCGUGGUUUCCAUGUACUACUCCACUGUCAUCUACACCUACAUCCGCCCUGCAUCCAGCUACUCACUGAACAGGGACAAGGUGGUGUCCAUCAUCUACACCUCCGUGGCACCCACCCUGAACCCCCUCAUCUACACUCUGAGGAACAAGGACGUCAAAGCUGCGCUUAGGAAACUACUGUCCUGCUGCUGAGCCUCUGCCACCACAAGGGCCUUCACCUUUGCUGUCCUGGUGGGAUCACAGGUUUGGUAGAAGUCUUGGCUUCUUUUUCUGACGAUACUUUGCUGAUCCACAAGGGACAACUUUUUGACUGCUUCACUUCAGGGAGGAGAAGCCCUGAGGCUUGCACUUAAUACUGUGUAGGGUCAUGGGUAAUCUUCAAGGCUGAGAACCUCAGUGGUUAAAUAAAUCUCCCAAAACGUCAACUGUGGAUGGGGCCCAUUCCCAGCCCUCUCUGUUUGCAGCAGUCACACGAGCCAGGGGCUCUGGGUAGACAUUGCUUUGUGCCUGUGCUCACAUUUUACUCCCAAAGGCUACUCAGCAUUGCUUGUGGCUGGUAUGUAGUUAGGUGAUCUGGGGGUAUAAAGAGG